AGCCCGCCGCUGGUGGUGACGGUCCCCCGAGUGUGAAGCCCCUCGAGGCCCUUCACGGCGAGGGUCCCCGGCCCCUGGGCUGGGACCGGCGCAGUCGAGGGCCGAGUCGGGGGGCGCGAGCCACGGGAACAACGGCGACAUGGACAAGGAAGGAGUGGCGCGCUCGGGCGCGCACCGCUACUCGGACGGCUCCCGCUACGCCGGCGGCUGGAGCGAGCGUGGCCUGAAGCACGGGCCCGGCCGCCUCGCGCUCCCGGACGGCACCCGCUACGACGGCGGCUUCAAGGACGGCAUGUGCGCCGGCGUGGGCGUCAUGGUCUUCUCCGACGGCGCCAAGUGAAAAAUUAUUGUCUUUUACCCCCUUUCUUUUUUCGUGUGUGUGUUCACUGUCAUUAUUAUUCCUCCGGGUGGCGAAGGCCUGGUGACGUACCCGGACAACAGCCACGGCUUCCCCCGCAACGAGGGCUUCUUCCAGGACUGCCGGAUGGUGCGCCGGAAGGCGUGCCCGGAGGUGGUGCAGCGCGCCCAGAAGGUGGCCCUGCUCGCCCGCCGCCAGAAGGACCAGCUCGCCCGCGGCGCCUGAGCGAGCACAUGGAGUGCUACCUCGUCAACCACCGCCCCGCGGCGCCUGAGCGAGCACAUGGAGCACCACCUCUUUCACCCUAUGCAGCGUGACAGUCAAAAUGAGACAGAAAACGAUUUUACUUUACGUUAUGGCCGUUAACAUCGAAAAGUUGCGUUGAAGUGGAAUAAGGCAUCCGUCAGCAAGUACGCACCGAGUUGGCUUACCGUGUAUUGCAGGCUGCUGGUUGCCUACCACCAAGGCAAGGCGGCUGGUUGCAUAUACCACUACGGGACAGACAGAUUGGUUGUCAGACCACCAGAUAAUUGGAUGCCUAUAUCUCCUCCCAACAAAGACAUCAAAACAACACCGUUUGUCGACAGCGGCUGCUGGCUGCGGUGAAAGCACCAAGCACUUUUUAUUAUGGCUGUACCGCCAUAUCAUUUUGUUUUGUGUCGCUAACUGCCCCAAUUUUUUUUCGAUUUUCGCCAACUCUAUGAAUAAACGAUAACGAUCGUG